UCUCUUUCCAAGAAUCUUAUGUUUUCAGAUCUUAAGUUUGAUGAUUGGAAGAUCCGGAUGAAGGCACAUCUCUGUGCUCUUCAUGAUAAGAUGUGGGAAGUACUUGACAUAGGGCCAUUCAUCAACUUACAGAAGGUCAACCCUAAGCAUGCUAUUGACAACAACGGCCUCAGAUGAUUAACAAGGCCAAAUCUAAGUGGACCACUAAAGAGAGGAGAAAAUACAAUCUGGACAACAUUGCAAAGGACAUCCUCUACAAGUCCAUUGAUGACAGAUACUUCAACAGAAUAAAGAAGUGCAAGACUGCCAAAGAAAUCUGGGAUACGCUUGAGCUCAUUGGAGUAGGUGAUGAGCAAGAGAAGGACAACAAACUAACCAUUGCCAACAAGAAGUUUGAUGGCUUCAAACUUCUCCCUGGUGAAAGCAUCUCCAAGAUGUAUGACAGACUCCUUACUCUCACUGGAGAAAUCUCUGAACUUGGCAAGGAACUCACCACCAAGGAUAUCAAUCUCAAAGUGUUGAGAGGUUUACCCUCAGCAUGGAAAAUGAAGGUGGUUGUUGUUCAAGCCAGCAAGGAUGUAAAGACCUAUCCUACAGACAAGCUCAUCUCAGACCUUAAAGCUCAUGAGCUCGAGAUGAUUGAAGAAAAAGAAGAUGUACCUGAGGAGAGGACCACCACAACCCUCACAACCAGUACAUCUAAGGUAAAUGAUUUUGACCCUUCAAUACUUUUAUCUGACGAAUAUAUGGAUGCUUUUGCUAGAAGAUUCAAGAAGUUCAUGAAGAACCCCAAAGAUGGAAGAAGUCCAUCUGCCAGCAGAAAACCAUUCCAGAAGACCAAAUCGUCAUAAAACUGUGGAGAGCUUCUUUGCUACAACUGCAGACAUCCAGGACACUUCAAGGCCAACUGUCCUAAUACCAGAGUGUCUAAGAGACAAGGACAUGAUGGAGAAAAGAAGUAUGAAGAAAGCGGUAGAAGAAGGAAAGCUCUCGUCACAGAACAACUCGAGAAAGAUCCCCUUUCUGAGACAGAAUCCAGUUCUGACUCUGAUUCUGAGGAGGCCUUCUGUUGCUUGGAUACUGAAACAGAAGACCUAUGCCUCAUGGCCCAAUCUGAUGAUGAGAAUUUGCUGGGAAACAAAAUAAGUAGUCUCCUGAACUCCAAUUCUUGUGUAAAUCACUAUAGUUGAUACUCAAGAGGUGGAAGAAGAAGCUGAAUCGUGAGCUGGCUAAGAGUCGCGGCGAAGAGUAUAAGGGGCAGACACUUCUAAGGCUUUUGGCUUUUGCUUUGGUAGGGUUUUUAUUUUUAUUUCUAAUGAUAAGGAUUUGAUUUUGGUUUUGGG